AUGGAACUUCGCUGUUACUUCGACAGACACCUGAACGGAGCAGAUACCAGAGCAGACGCAGGAAGCAGAGGAGAGCAACCCUACGACAGCCAGCAUGACAAUGACGAAGUGCCCCCGCCAUCUUUGGACGAAGUCAUCAGCGUCAUCAAACUGCUGAAAUGUAACAAGUCAGCUGGCAGCGAUGGUCUGGUGGCCGAACUGUUCAAGAUGGGUCCGGAGAGGCUUGCCGUCAUCGUGCAUCGGCUGAUUGUUAGGAUUUGGGAUCAGGAAGAACUACCGGACGAGUGGAAACUGGGUGUCAUACACCCAGUGUACAAAAGGGGCGACAGGCUGGACUGUGCUAACUUCCGGGCCAUCACAGUCCUGAAUGCUGCCUACAAGAUCCUGUCCCGAAUACUCUUCUGCAGACUUUCGCCUCUUGCUACAGAUUUCGUCGGCAGCUAUCAAGCUGGAUUUAUCCUCCAGAAAUGCCGGGAGCACCAGAUCCCUACGCACCACCUGUUCAUCGACUUCAAGGCGGCCUACGAUACCAUAGAUCGGACCGAACUAUGGAACACCAUGCAGCAGCACGGAUUCCCUGGGAAGCUGGUACGACUGUUGCGGGCCACUAUGGACGGGGUGCAAGGUGUCAUGCGAAGCGCGGGCUUCGACAUCCGGGGCACGAUUUUCACCAGAACUCUCCAAUUCCUUGGCUUCGCGGAUGACAUCGACAUCAUCGGGCGAACAUCUGCGGCGGUGUGCGAGGCGUACACCCGACUGAAACGCGAAGCCGCUAGGAUUGGAUUGAGGAUCAAUGCGACGAAGACAAAGUACCUGCUUGCCGGGGGCUCUGACCGUGAUAGAGCCCGACUCGGAAGCAGAGUAUCAGUUGACGGCGACGAUCUCGAGGUGGUAGAGGAGUUCUGCUACCUUGGCACGAUCGUAACUUCGGACAACAACGUAAGCAGCGAAAUCCGAAGGCGCAUUGUUCAGGGAAAUCGUGCCUACUACGGGCUCCACAAACUCCUGCGAUCCAGAAGACUCCAACAACACACGAAAUGCGCGAUAUAUCGCACACUGAUACGUCCGGUGGUCCUCUACGGGUACGAGUCCUGGACUUUACUGACGGAGGACGCCAAUGCACUCGCCAUUUUCGAACGGCGGGUGCUAAGGACUAUCUUUGGCGGUGUGUGCGAGCACGGCGUGUGGAGAAGGAGGAUGAACCACGAGCUAGCUGAGCUGUUUGGCGGUGCAGACAUCCUGACGGUCAUCAAAGCCGGAAGGAUACGCUGGCUGGGUCAUGUGAUGAGGAUGCCGGACUCAUGCCCCACCAGGAAGGUGCUCGUCAGCGACCCGUUCGGCACGAGGCGUAGAGGAGCACAGCGAGCUCGCUGGCUGGAUCAGGUGGAUCGCACCUGUCGGAGAUCGGAUGCAGCCGUGGUUGGAGGACUGCAGCCCAGGACCGAGUUUCCUGGAAACGAAUUGGCGACCUGGCCAUGUCUACGAGACGUGCUCAUUGAGCAGGCCAAGAAGAAGAUCGAACAAAAAUCUCAUCAAGAAAGGAAUCAUCCCCUCCGUUGA